AUGGAGGUUACGGAGAGGAGAGACGAUGAGAUCAAAGAAUCUGGAAACAUGGAUAGCAUCAAGUCGCAGUACGUUACCGACUCUUUUUUCGAAGAACGCCACUCUCGUGACCUCAAGGCUGGUCUGCAUCCUCUACGGUACAAGUUUUCGAUUUGGUACACCCGUCGCACACCAGGGGUCCGGAGCCAGACAUCUUAUGAGGAUAACAUAAAGAAGAUUGUGGAGUUCAGCACGGUUGAAGGGUUUUGGGCCUGCUACUGUCACCUUUCUCGUUCUUCUCUUUUGCCCAGUCCAACAGAUCUUCAUUUCUUCAAGGAUGGGAUUCGCCCUUUGUGGGAGGAUAGUGCAAACUGCAAUGGAGGAAAGUGGAUCAUACGUUUCUCCAAAGUGGUAUCAGCUCGCUUCUGGGAGGAUCUGCUUCUUGCAUUGGUAGGCGACCAGCUUGACGAUGCUGAUAACAUAUGUGGGGCAGUACUAAGUGUCCGCUUCAAUGAGGACAUCAUUAGCGUAUGGAAUCGCAAUGCUUCUGAUCAUCAGGCAGUGAUGGGUUUGAGAGACUCAAUCAAGCGACAUUUGAAGUUGCCUCAUGCAUAUGUUAUGGAAUACAAGCCCCACGAUGCUUCUCUUCGCGACAACUCGUCCUACAGAAACACAUGGCUGAGAGGAUAA